CUCCAAAGGCAUCGCCAGCUGUGGUCCCAUGGAGGGGAGGCAAAGUCAGCCAAGCUAGAGAAAUGACUGAUUUUUUUUUCAAGUUGUGUGAAAAACGCUUGUGCUACAAGGCCACCGAGCAGCCAAAGAGCCUGCCGGCCCCAGAGGGGGUCCUGAAAGAGGCCGGGGUCUCAGCCAAGCCGGGACCUUGGCCGUGGAAGAAUAAGAUCCCACCGCCUCUUCAGGAUGAUGCAGCAAAGGCCAAACCGGAGCGCUCCUCUCCGGCCCCCGAAGGACCCUCCGGCUUGAGGCUGAAGGAAUUCCCACCAAACGAGGAACCUUCUGCCCUAAGGAGAGGUUUGAGCCUCGCCUGGAAGAAAUCAUGUUGCAGUCAGAAGAAGAAGGUCGACUCCGGGCAAAUUCUGCAUCCAGAAGACACUCCGGUUGGGGAGGGCGUCCGUUCCCCGCGGACAACCUCCAAAGGCUUUGGGGCGUGUGCCCCACAACCUGCCGGUGUUCGCAAUAAGCAGCUGGCAAAAAUGCCCAACACUUUGAUGGGGGGCGAGCCAGGUUGCCAUGCGCCCCAUUUGAAGGCCAACGGAGCCCACAAGGUGGUGCCCCCCAAAGGUCCUCCAGUUGCCGACAAGAUGAAAGCUCUGAUAGGGUUUAAAAGAACGAAGAAGCCCCUUCGGAGGACCAAUUCUUUCAAAGGUUCCUCUUUGGCUGCUGCACAUGGAAACAUGGACAUAAAAAUGAAGGUCAGCCAGUUCUUUGAUGAAACAACCCCUCUUGCACUGGCUGACCUAGAGCUCGGAGACUUGAUCGAAAUUUUCCGUUUUGGAUACCAGCACUGGGCUCUCUAUGUGGGAAACGGAUACGUAAUCCAUCUGGCUCCUCCAAUGGAAUACGCUGGGGCCGGCUGUGCCAGCCUCAUGUCGACUCUCACUGACAAAGCUUUCGUGAGAAAGGAGCUGCUGCGCGACGUGGUUGGGACGAACCGCUACCGUGUCAACAACAAGCACGACGCCAAGUACCCUCCGCUGCCCCCGGCCAAGAUCGUCCGGCGGGCCGAGGAGCGAGUGGGCCAGGAGCUGGCCUACAAAGUCACCAGCGAGAACUGUGAACAUUUUGUCACCGAAUUGCGCUAUGGAGUGGCCAGGAGCGAUCAAGUCCGAGAUGUUGUGGUGGGAGUUGGCAUUGCUGGGCUGGGUUUGGCCACCCUUGGGAUCUUGGGCGUUGCCAUGGCCAAGAAGAAGAAGAAUCAACAGACCCAAUAACAGAGACUCAGAGAGUCCGUGUACUUUUCUUUUCCUUCUUGAUUUUGAGUAAUGAUUUCCCCCCCACCCCAGCUCACUCCUGUGUGGGGUCCUGAAUCCAAAGACCUAUACACCUUCCUGACUUUCUUUUUGAGAAUGCUGUGCUUUUUUAAAAAAUAGAUAGAAGUGUUGAUUUGUAGUGGGACUGACAAUGGCAGCUCUUUCCUGACAGAAAGUGUAUUGCUGCUAGCAAAACUUAGAGAGCAACUAGGAUGGGUUUGGGCCUGAGAAAGGCCCCGAUGUUUGUAGUUCAAGGGGGUCGAAGUGGAGAGACGAACCUUAACAGUCACACCGGCACUUUGGGACAAAGAUGACAUUCAGAGGGAAGAGAUUCAUAGAAUCAUAGAAUAACGGAGUUUGAAGGGUCCUGUAACAUCAUCGAGUCCAACUCCCUGCUCCAUGCAGGAAUACAGAUCAAAUGAGAUCUGCCAGGUGAUUAUCUAUGUCAGUGGUCCACAACGUUGGUCCUCCCGAUGUUCUUGGACUACAAACCCCAGAAGCCUUCCCCACCACCUCUGCUGGCUAGGAUUUCUGGG